GAUUCAUUCAUUGCCUUUCUCAGCGUCAUCUUAGUAAGUCGCGUACCUAAGUUUAGGCGAAAUUCUCGUAACCAUUUUAAAAACAUAAUACUAAUAUUUCUUUUCAUUUAUCAUAAAACUAAAUACAAUGUUUAACAACAAAUUGUACGUUUACGGAGAUCAAGAUGUUCAAGUUCCAGCUCAUUUGAAUUUUGGAAAAUUUAUAUUAAAUCAUAUUUUGCGUAUGGGCGAUGCAGUCGCUUUGGAAAAUGCAGAAUCAGGAGAGAAAAUUACGUACAAGGAACUGGCAGAGUAUGCUGUGAAGCUGUCUGUGGGACUGACUAACCUUGGAGUGAAGAAAGGUGACAUCGUCGCAUUGGGAUCUGAGAAGCGUCUGCUGUUUGUUCCAACUGCUUUGGCUAUUAUUUUUAGCGGAGCAACUUACACUCCGUAUGAUUUUAAAAGUGGUCGAGCACACUUACAGCAUAAAAUGAAAAUAACUCAGCCAAAGUAUUUCAUUUGCUCCGAAUUGUUCUGGGAGACUAAUAGAGAAGUGUUGGAAGGUUUCGAAUCCGUAAAAACAUUCAUAAGUUUGGACAAUUCUCCAAAAAAAGUUUCUGUGAGUUCAUUGACAUGUGACUGGGCUGCUGUUGAUGUGGAGCAGUUUGAACCCACAGCAGUUGAAGGUCAAGUUGAUACGGCCUUUGUUUUAUAUUCGUCUGGUACUACUGGCAUGCCCAAAGGGGUAAAACUGUCGCACUUGAAUUGUAUUCUCAACAGUUUAUCUCACGAUUUCAAAGACAGUUCUUUAAAAACAGCUUAUGUCACCGGAGACUGGUUUCACAAUUAUGAUUCUUUUAUGACAUACAAAAUGCUCGGUCUUGGAGUAAAAAUUAUCUACACGACGGAAGUGACGCCUGAAAUUGUUGCCAAAGCACUCGAAAAACAUCAGGUGAAUAUAGCGUUCUUGGUUCCGUCUGUAGUCAGUUGGCUUUCCAAAAUAGAUGAAGCAGACCACUAUAAUCUUGACUCUCUAAAAGUAGUAUACUGUCGAUCAUCUCCGCUUCAUGUAAAAACAAUGGCUAAACUAAAACAAAGGUUCCCUUCAAUAAAACACGUGUUGCAAGGAUAUGGUAUGACAGAAGCUGGUGAACUCACAUCAGAGAACUGGGGUGCUAAAGGCCCAAGACCUGGUAGCGUUGGCGCGCCAUCACCUGGCAUCACUUUAAAGGUUGAACAUCCUGAAACUCGUCAAAUCUUGGGACCCAAUGAACACGGGGAAAUAAGCUUAAGAGGUCCAGUCUUCAUGGCAGGGUACAUAGACGUCGACCCUUCAACGUACUUGGAUGACCAAGGCUUCUUCAGAACCGGAGACUUGGGAUAUUAUGAUGAGGAUGGAUACUUCUACGUUAUUGAUAGACUGAAGGAAAUGAUCAUACACGACGGUUACAAAGUUGCUCCUUUGGAACUGGAGACCAUAUUAUUGCUACACCCUGGAGUACGCGAGGCGGGGGUAGUUGGGAAACCAGACCCUGAAUUCACAGAACUGCCUACGGCCUUUGUCGUCAGACAACCAGGGUCGUCGGUCACUGAACAAGAGCUGAUCGAUUUUGUCGCUGAUGAGGUAUCACCACACAUGCAACUGAAAGGUGGAAUAAAGUUCAUAAAAGAAUUACCGAGGAAUCCUCGAGGCAAGAUUCUACGUCGUUGUCUGAGAGAAAUGUUGAAUGAAAUAUAAUUUGAAUAUAUUAAUAAUUAUUAUUGGUUUCUGUUACUGCCUGUAAGUUGCAUUUGAAUGAAUUUGAAGCAGAAAAACUAACACAAAAAAAUAUAU